ACUACUUUCCAUGCAAGUGUUGCACUAUAAAUAUAAAACCAUGAAGCUUUCUUUCCUCUCACCGUUGUGAACAAGAAGAACAAUAACCUGAGUGUAAGAUAAGUAGCAUGGCGUCUGAAAAACAGAACCGUGAAGAACUUGAGGAGAGGGCAAGGCAUGGCGAAACUGUUGUUCCUGGUGGAACUGGUGGAAAGAGCCUUGAAGCUCAAGAACACCUUGCUGAAGGAAGGAGCCGUGGAGGGCAGACGAGGAAGCAGCAGUUAGGGUCAGAAGGGUAUCAAGAGAUGGGAACUAAAGGAGGGCAGACAAGGAAGGAGCAGAUGGGGAGAGAAGGGUAUCAAGAAAUGGGACGUAAAGGAGGGCUUAGCACUAUGGAGAAAUCUGGUGAGCAACGUGCUGCGGAGGAAGGCAUUGAGAUUGAUGAGUCUAAGUUUAGGAAUGACUGAAAAAAUUAACAUGCAUGUUCUUAGUUUGUGGUGUGUUUUGUUUUAGGUUUGAAAGUGUUGUUUGUUAGUGCUAAUAAAUAAGUGGGUGUUUGUUAUGUUAACCGCCAAUGGUUUCUUUCUCGUUUGGCUUAUUGUAAUAUGGAUGUUUUCUUAUCUAUAAACUACAUGACUUUUUAACAA